CGGUCUCUCGCGAGUGUCGUUGACGGCUACAGGGUAAAGCAGUGUUCCUCCGCUCCGCUCCCCUCCGCUCCGCUCCGCCACUUUUCCCCGAGCUGCGAGGACCACCUCGCCACCGGCUUCAUGUUUGCUGACAUGGUGUCGCAGUUGACGUCUCUUCAGCAGGAGUUACUGAGCGCCUUGUUGGACUCGGGACUGACCAAGGAUGAGCUCGUCCAGGCGCUGCAUGAUCUAGAGCCGCGUCCGUCCGACUUCGCCAUCAAAACCGAGAAGCCCUUAUCCCCAGCCAGCGCUAACGGUGCCAGCGACACGGACUCCAAGCCGGUAUAUAUGACCCUGCAAGCCAGAGGGAGUAAAGUGUCCGGGGAUGAAGGCUCAGAGUCCGGGGAGGACUUCGACACGCCGCCCAUCCUGAGAGAACUGCAGGCGCUAAACACCGAGGAGGCUAACGAGCAGCGCGCCAUGGUGGAGCGCAUGCUGGCUGAGGAUCCGUGGCGUGCAGCUCGCACUAUUAAAAGCUACAUGCAACAGCACAACAUUCCUCAGCGCGAGGUGGUGGACGUGACAGGAUUGAAUCAGUCUCACCUCUCGCAGCACCUGAACAAAGGAACACCCAUGAAAACAACCAAACGAGCCUCGCUGUACGCCUGGUAUGCCCAGAAACAGCGAGAGAUUGACCGGCAGUUUGACCGUGUUCAGGGCUCCAGUGACUCAGGCAGUCAGGAUCAGGUCCUGUUUUUUUUCCCAGAAUUCCACAACGGGGGGCAGAAUGCAGGCUCCGCGUCAGGGACGCUCGCAGACGAAGGCGUGACAGGUUCAAAAAGAAUGAGGCGGAACCGCUUCAAAUGGGGACCGGCGUCUCAGGAGAUCUUGUACAAGGCCUAUGAGAGGCAGAAGAACCCCAGCAAAGAGGAGAGAGAAGCGCUGGUGGAGGAAUGCAACAGGGCUGAGUGUGUACAGAGGGGUGUGUCACCUUCUAAAGCUCACGGUCUCGGCUCUAACCUGGUCACAGAAGUUCGCGUCUAUAACUGGUUUGCCAACCGGCGCAAAGAAGAGGCUUUCCGACAGAAGCUGGCUAUGGACACAUAUCCUGUUCACAGCUUGAACCCCUUACUGCCUCCCCCACACAGCCAGCACCAUCACAGCAGCCCAGAUACAAAACUCAGAUACAGCCAACAGGGAUCCGGUGAUGUCACUUCCUCUACUAGCAUUGGUCAUCAUGGCAACAGCCAGUCAGUGUUACAGCAAGUGUCUCCUCCUGGCCUGGACCCCUGUCACAGCCUGUUGUCCCCUGAAGCCAAGAUGCAUGUCCAGAUUUCAGCCUCGGGUGGAGUCUUGCCCCCUGUGAGCACUCUGACUAACAUCCACAGUCUGUCCCAGUCCUCUCACCAUCACCAGCAGGCUCAGAGUCUCAUCAUGACCCUCGCUGCUCAGAGCCUGAGCGCUCCUCCGUCUCAGAACGUGCCCAUCAUUAACAGCGUGUCUGGACUGACGGCGUUGCAGCCCAUGCAGUUUCCUCACAGCCCCAGCCUCACACCACUCACUACUGCACACACCACUCAGCAGGCCUACACACACAUGUACUCACCCAAGCAGGAGCCUCCUCAGUACUCUCACCCUUCUCGAUUCUCCUCCAUGGACACCAGUGCUAUCUCUCAUCUGGGUUCCAGCAAGCAGUGCCCUUUGCAGGCUUGGUGACAUUGUACAAGUGUGAAAACACUUCCUCGGCAGCUAAGCGACAUGAGUGCCUUACCGCAGUAGCCUUGACGACCUCUCAAGCCAAAGAACCAUUAAGAAGAGCACUGUGAUCACAAUAAACCACUAAAGAACACUGAAUCGUUAUUUCAGACACCUGAGCGUUGAGAUGCUGGAGGAUGAUGAGGGUGAUGCUGGAAGAAAGCACUGGGAUGUCUGGAGGACUGACGCUGUAGCAUGAAAUGUGCUUGUUACGGGCGCCAACGUAGCAUCGCAGCAUUUCCUGUCCAAAAUAUAAACGUCAGAAUGAGCGACCUCUGCACUGAUUAAUUGUCUGAUGAACUAUUAAACGUAGCAUUUGUAUACACCUACACUAGGUUUCAAGCGGAUACGGCAAACACGGACUCCCCUGGAACUGCGUAAAAUCCUUAACACACCAUUUACUCAAUGAAUGCAUGCAUAAUGCACCAAUCGCCUCAGUGUAAAUAGUCCAAUAUGUUCCUAUAAUUUCAGGUUGAAGGAGAAAUAUGGAUUGAGAUGGAGCUUGAGGUCAAGCAAGAGAAAAUAAUGGUCAGACUGUGUGGUAGUACAAUUCCGAUAUUGUAGAGACAAUGAGUUCUGUAUAAUUAAAUUUCAUAUAUUUUAAUUCUUUUUUUUUUUCUUCAAUUUUUCAGGUUUUCGCUUAGUUCUUUUGCAUAUAAUGAACAUCAGAAGUUACUCUCAGGGACUGAUUUUACACUUCCAUCUUAGGAAAGAAAAACUGUUGCUUCAAAGAUCCUUUCUGUAUAAAUUCUGGACUUGGUUUAAUCAUAUUCAUGCUCCUGUAAAACUGUAUAAAUUGCAAUUUCUUUCAAGAAUAUCAUCAUUAUAUCAUCGCUGUUUUGUCAGUCUAACACAAAUGAUCUACAUCUUAUAUCUAUAUCAUAUUACAACUAUAUCUGUAGCUGGGGGGUUUAUAUGGAGUAUACACACACACACACACACACACACACACACACACACACACACACAUAUAUAUAUAUAUAUAUAUAUAUAUAUAUAUAUAUAUAUAUAUAUAUAUAUAUAUAUAUAUAUAUAUAUAUACAUACACACAUUACCUGCCAUACUCGAGUAAUUCUAUUUCCCAGGAUGCUCGGCUUGAAAAUAGCUUGAGGGAGAUUGUGAGAAAGUGCGCUGUGUAGGGAGGGGUGUUUAUUUUAGAUUCACCCCAUUAGGUCUAUUUCCUCUAACUCUGACCUGGUCCUCUGCUCAAAGAGUGUGAAAAUCAGUUGAGCAAUCACUCCAAGUUAAUGAAACCAGUAUGCUUUUUUUCUUUUAUUGUAUCCUUUUCAGACUGAUUAAAAUAGAUAUAUUUCCCCACAGGAAACUUAUUUCCCCUCAGUCACUUACAGUAACCUGAAAAGAAAAGAAAAAAACCUGCUGAUAAAAGAGCAUAUGGACUGGAUAUGAUGACUAGAAAUUAAUGCUGAUCAUUGAACUAAAGUCACAAUUCUAGUCUUAUAUUGUCUUCACUGGAACACUUUUAGUGUGUACAUUAGAUGCAAGGACAAGCUAAUAAUGUGUGUAAUGUAAAAACUAAUAAGAAAAUUACAUUCCUGUU